AUGUCCUCCAACAUUCCAGCCGGCGCAUCUGCGGCGGUUCUUAAACCAUCCGAGCCCAUUCCAGAGGAUGUCGCCGUCUCUGUGGAGGGCCCUAACUUCGAUCAGCCCAUCUCCUUGCAGCAUCUAUUGCAGAGCUACAAGCGCAUCGGGUUCCAGGCGAGCAGUCUUGCCAAAGCGAUAGAAAUCGUGAACAAAAUGCGGCAAUGGCGUCUCUCGGACGAACCAGUCGCAGAAGACGAGUCCGAAGAAUAUACAUCUCCCGAAGUCAGAACCCAAACUCGCUGCGACAUCUUCUUGGGCUACACCUCCAACUUGAUUUCUUCGGGGCUCCGUGAAGUUAUACUGCACCUUGUCAAACACAAACACAUCCGUGCAAUCGUAACUACCGCCGGAGGUAUAGAGGAAGACUUCAUCAAAUGCCUCGGGAAAACCUAUCUAGCAGACUUCAACCUGGACGGCGCUGAUUUGCGACGUAGGGGUAUGAAUCGUAUCGGAAAUCUCAUUGUUCCGAACGAUAAUUAUUGCAAGUUCGAGGAUUGGCUGACGCCUAUCCUCGACACGAUGCUUGCCGAGCAGAAGCAGACCGGGGACGUCUGGUCGCCGAGCUCAUUUAUCAGGCGAUUAGGAAAGGAGAUUAACAACGAGGAAUCUGUGUAUUACUGGGCAUACAAAAACAACAUUCCAGUAUUCUGUCCCGCACUUACCGAUGGAUCACUUGGGGACAUGAUAUACUUCCAUUCCUUCCGCUCUCCUGGUCUUAUAAUUGACAUAGUCCAAGACAUUCGCGCCCUGAAUGAGCUCGCCCGACAGUCCAAGAAGGCUGGGAUGAUCAUUUUGGGCGGAGGAGUCUGCAAACAUCAGAUAGCCAAUGCGAUGCUGAUCCGCAACGGUGCUGAUUUCUCGGUUUACAUUAACACCGGUCAAGAAUUCGAUGGCUCCGAUUCUGGCGCAAGGCCUGAUGAGGCUGUUUCCUGGGGGAAAAUACGAGCCGGCGCUGAGGCGGUCAAGGUGUUCGCGGACGCGACCCUAGUUUUCCCGUUGCUAGUAGCUGCUACCUUUGGUCAGGAUGUUGCGAACGUCCUUUGA